AUGCUUCAACACAAGACUAUGCUAGUUGAUUUUCUAAGGUGUGUGGUUCGUGAUGGAAAAACUGCAUCGUUCUGGUUUGACUAUUGGACGGAUUUGGGACCGCUUCACACUAUAUUCGGAGCCACUGGUACUCGUCAGCUCCGCCUUCGCAUCUCUGCCUCUGUCGCUUGUGCAACCCGCAAUGAUGGUUGGCAUUUGCCAAAUGCUAGAUCCCAGGAUGCCCAGACUCUUCAGAUUGUUCUCAGUACCGUCACGCCGCCUAAUCCUGAUAACGGACCCGAUUUUUAUCUUUGGCAUGGCGCUUCUGGCUCUUAUGUGAACCAUUUCUCAUCGAGAGCUACCUGGAAUCACAUAAGGAUCACUUCUCCAACGGUUUCUUGGCAUAAAACCGUCUGGUUCAAGGAACAAAUUCCUCGAUGCUCGUUCAUCUCCUGGCUGGCAAUGCUGCAUCGCUUGCCUACCAAGGAUCGCUUACUUCGGUGGGGCGUAAAUGUGGACGGAUCUUGCGUCCUCUGUAACUCGGCUUUGGAAAAUCAUGAUCACCUAUUUUUCCAUUGUCCUUUUUCCUCGGAGAUAUGGUUGUUCUUCUCGCGCAGAUUGUGGAAUGGGUCUCCGCAGGGUCUUCACGCUGUUGCGGAUUGGGUUGGUCACCGUUCUAGCUCCGGAGCAGCAGGCACUCAGGUCAUUACAAAGCUUGUGUUCCAGGCGGUUCUGUACUCGGUUUGGAGGGAGCGCAACGCCAGGAUCUUCUCCGCCACUUCUUCCCCGGUUUUGGUCGUUCAUGCGGCCGUCGACAGGAUGAUAAGGGACCGGCUCCUUUCUUUUCCAGCCAGGAGCCUCUCUUAUCCUUCUUUGCUCGAGCUUUAUUUUAGUCUCCUUGUUCCCUAA